UAACCCAUCCCUGCCUCCUGCCAUGAGCAGGGACACCAUCCACUAUCCCAGGUUGCUCCAAGCCCUGUCCAACCUGGCCUCAGGGAUGGGGCAACCACAGCUUCUCUGGACAAUUUGUGCCAGGGCCUCACCCCACUUCCCAGGGAGGAAUUUCUUGUCAAUAUCCCCUCCUGAGCCCAUUUCUCCAUCUGUAAAAGAGGAGCAACAUUACCUGACUCGAUAAGGUUGAAGCAUGGAAUGAUGGAAUGGUUUGGCCUGAAGAGACUUAAAGCCCAUCCAGUCCCACCUGCUGCCAGGGGCAGGGAUACCUUCCUGUCCAAACUGAUGUUGGACACUUCCAGGGAUGGGCUUACAUCUCCUACAUCUGUAGAGUUCCAGUUAUCCACAGCCCCUGUAACAGACUCUGCUCUAGGAUGAGUUACACCAGCAAUGGCCAUUUUGAGGAAACACAACACUGGGGAAGAGGAUGGUAAAUUGUUCCAGCUGGGAAUAACUCUGGGCAAUAAUAAGUCUGGUGUGAACAGCUGGGGAUCCACCAGCACGGAUCAGAUCUAACGUUGCCCAUGCCCAGGGGUUGCUUUGGGGAGCCUACUGUCAGCAAGAGAGAUAGAGAACUUCUCCCCAGUCCUGCUGCUCUCCAGAGGCUGCAUCACCUCAGCAGCUUCACGCUCUGCUCUGCACAUCCACCACCCCACAAACAGGUACAAAUCCCCUUCGCUUUGUUUCAAAACCUCAGCCACAGCAGAAUGUUUAAAAAACUCACCACAUUCCUUGCAAAUCAAAUGGAUCCACACAAAGAAUUGGUCCCUGUCGAGAGCAUCGCAGACAAUGAGCAUUUCAAGCCCCUCUGUCUACUGAUAGAAAGAAGAAAAUCAAAACGCAUAUUCCACUCAGCUCCCUACUACCAGAGGACAGGGUUCACACUGGAAGAUGUGCUGCUGCCUGCAGAAGAUGCUAAAUGCAUAGAGUCUCUCCAUCAAGAUUCCAGCCAAUUUACCCUCACAAAAACCAGUGUUGACCAAGCUGAUGGAGGUCUCAGCAUUUCUUUUGACCCUGCAAGUGUAGGGCUGCAAGGAGGUGCCUCCUUGUCCAAAGAGUUUUCCAUUACACCACAGAAGAAGAGAGUACCACUGGAAUCACUGGAGGCACUCAGAAGAGGAAGGAAAAUCAACAUGGAUCAUUCCUUCAUCCAGCAAUUACGGAGAACACAAACCAAGCUAUGUAUGGUCACUGAAAUCCUCGAAGCCUCAGAGGAGACCGUCUACAGGGAAUCCACCAAGGCAGAUGGGGGCUUCAAGGCCACAUUUUAUGCCACAUUCUGUGCACAGGGCACCAGGGAGGACAAACAAAGCAUAGUCAUACCCAAGGGCUGCACCCUGGCCUUCAGGACCAUCCGGCUACACAUCAGAGAUGGAGCAUGGGAUCUGGAUUAUUUCCCAGCAGAACCUAUGACUAGGGUAGUUUAUCAAGCUGGUGGUCCCUCACAAAGAAAAUUAGGAGCAGUGGUGGCAGAAGUUAAAUACUCCUGCCGAAUUUUCCCCCAGCUGUCUUCUGACCUGCUGGUCAUACUCUUCAACACCAUCAAAGCUGGGAUGAGAGACAAGAACCUCCUGCAGGAGCUCAGACAGAAAAUGGAAGAAGUUCCUGAGCAAAAUGAUGGUUAUGAGCUGAAAACUGAGAGCCCACACUUAAAAGAUCUGUUCAGCACCUUACAGCACUCUCUAAGAGAUCGUCUCCUUCCGCUGGCAUUGGGAAUCACCUACAUCCUUGAUGCCUUGUAUGAGUUAAUGGACGAUCAGCUGCUGCUGCUGCUGGAAUCCUUGGAAAGGAAGAUUGUGUCCCAACAGCUGAGGCUGGUUGAAAACCUCCUGAAACAUGACCUGGAUAAGAGGAAGGAGACUUUCCAUGUUGAUGCUGGGCUGCUCUCCUUCCCACACGAGGAGGAACAGAGGUUAACCAUGGAACUGGUGGAGCUGAGUGGAGUGCAGCUCCAGGAAGAUGGAUCAGCUCUCCCAAGGGAUCAACCCUUCGAGGCCAUGGCAGCCUUGUUUGUGGCUCUGUACGCCCUCAACCUCCUGAGUGGCUCUGAGUAGGAGGUACCUGGCCCUGCCCAGGGAACUUCUCUACAAGGUCUUGGGAAAUCUCUGCUCUCAAGCCAGGUUUCUGUCCCAGUAUCAUCCUUGUUAAUGCUCAAGGCUGCUUUGGCUGGCAAAAUUAAAUUUAAAGCUUGAAAAUUCAUUCUGGAUGCUAAAUGCUGGAUAUCGAAGUGGAUUUGUCUGUCUCCCUGAGAAUACUGAGGGACAACAGGAAAGUCCACAAGCCUAAAUAAUCACAGGCCUGGCACUGGUGCCUCAUGUAAUCCUGCUUCCCUCAAAAUGCUGCUGCUGGUGCUGCUUCUGCAAUCAGUAACUGGGAAAGGGAAGGGGAAGGGCAAGGGAAUGCAGAGGGAAAGGGGAGAUGCAAUGAAAAGGGAAAGAACAUACAAAGGCAAAAAAGAAAUGCAAAAGAAAAGGGAGGAAAUUAAAAGAAAACAAAUGGCAAAGGAAAACACCAGCAGUGAUUCAUCCUGGUCCCACUCUGGUUCAGCAGGGACUCUGUUAACUGCUGGUUGUUGGAAGGUGGGGUGAUCCCAAAGGCUUCACUGACACCUCCCUGGUCCCAUCUCCCCGAGAUGCUCAAGAGUCAUGGGCAGCACUUCAAAGAAACACCACAAAUACUCUCUUUAUCACUUUAUAAAUAAAGAGCAGCUUCUUGCUAAGCAAUUGGGUGUUCUCUAAGGCAAUUUAUUAAUUUUGUGUCUUUUUGGGCCCAUGGUACAUCUGACAACCUCAGGAUUGAGGCUGUACAAGAAAUAAGGGCCCUUGAUGUGGAUACAGCAGUCUCAUGUAGAGAACUUUCUAAAAUAAAGUGUGAAUAUUUUUAUUACUUGUUUGUAUAGUAUUCUAAGAUAGACUAAUAAAAGUGAAGUAUUCAGGUAAAAAUGUGCACUUGCCUUCUGGAAUCUUCACAUGGAUGGCUUUUGGUGUCAAACAAGUAUGGCAGUGACUAUAGGAAACAUGGCUCGGGUUGGAAUGCACCUUAAGACUCAUCCAGUUCCAGCCCCUGCCAUGGGCAGGGACACCUUGCACUAUCCCAGGUUGCUCCAAGCCCUGUCCAACCUGGCCUUGGACACUCCCAGGGAUGGAGUGCUCUGGGCACCUGUGCCAGCACAGCUGGUGCUCUGGGCACCUACACCAGGGCUUGACCAGCCUCACAGAGAGGAAUUUCUUCCCAAUAUCCCCUCCUGAGUCCAU